AUGACUAACGCUUUGCUUUCCGUAGCCGUUUUGCUUUUCUCGAUGCUCUCGCUGGCCCAGGCGAAGACGCACACGUUCAACUGGACCGCUGGUUGGGACUACAGGAACGUUGAUGGGCUCAUGACCCGUCCCGUGAUGACGUGCAAUGGUGAGUUCCCAUGGCCGGACAUCACCAUCGACAAGGGCGACCGUGUCCAGCUGUACCUGACCAACGGGAUGAACAACACCAACACCUCGUUGCAUUUCCACGGUAUCUUCCAGAACGGGACCAACUCGAUGGAUGGUGUGCCUUUCUUGACGCAGUGCCCCAUUGCUCCUGGUAGCACCAUGCUUUACAACUUCACCGUUGACGACAACGCCGGAACCUACUGGUACCAUUCGCACACGGACGGUCAGUACGAAGACGGUAUGAAGGGUCUUUUCAUUAUCAAUGACAGAGAAAACUUCCCCUACGACUACGACCAGGAACUUUCUUUGUCGCUGAGUGAGUGGUACCACGAUUUGGUCACCGACUUGUCCAAGUCGUUUUUGAGUGUCUACAAUCCGACCGGUGCUGAACCUAUCCCGCAGAAUUUGAUUGUGAACAACACGAUGAACCUGACAUGGGACGUCCAGCCGGAUACCACGUAUCUUUUGAGAAUUGUCAAUGUCGGUGGGUUCGUGUCGCAGUACUUCUGGAUCGAAGACCAUAACAUGACUGUGGUCGAGAUCGACGGUAUCAUCACUGAAAAAAACGUGACGGACAUGCUUUACAUUACUGUCGCUCAAAGAUACACUGUCUUGGUUCACACGAAAAAUGACACCGACAAGAACUUUGCCAUCAUGCAGAAGUUCGAUGACACCAUGCUGGAUGUCAUUCCAAAGGACCUGCAAUUAAACGCUACGUCCUACAUGGUCUACAACAAGUCUGCCCCAUUGCCUGAGCAAAACUACGUAGACUCUGUCGACAACUUCUUAGACGAUUUCUACUUGCAACCAUACGAAAAGCAGGCCAUCUUGGGUGAGCCAGACCAUGUCAUUACUGUCGAUGUGGUCAUGGAUAACUUGAAAAACGGUGUGAAUUACGCCUUCUUCAACAACAUUACCUAUACCACACCAAAGGUCCCUACAUUGAUGACCGUUUUGUCUUCAGGUGACCAAGCCAACAACUCGGAAAUUUAUGGUACAAACACACACACUUUCAUCUUGGAAAAGGACGAAAUUGUCGAGCUUGUGCUAAAUAAUCAGGACACCGGUACCCAUCCCUUCCAUUUGCACGGUCACGUUUUCCAGACCAUCCAAAGAGAUCGUACAUACGACGAUGCUUUGGGUGAAGUUCCUCACAGUUUCGACGCAGAUGACCACCCUGACUUCCCUGAAUACCCAAUGAGAAGAGAUACUUUGUACGUCAGACCACAAUCCAAUUUCGUCCUGAGAUUCAAAGCCGACAACCCUGGUGUUUGGUUCUUCCAUUGUCAUAUCGAAUGGCAUUUGUUGCAAGGUUUAGGCCUUGUCCUUGUGGAAGAUCCGUUUGGUAUCCAAGAUGCUCACUCUCAACAAAUCAGUGAAAACCAUUUGGAAGUCUGCAAGAGUUGUUCCGUGAGUACUGAAGGUAAUGCUGCUGCCAACACACAAGAUUUAACCGACUUGACUGGUCAAAAUGUCCAACACGGCACUAUUCCUUCUGGGUUCACCAAAAAGGGUAUUAUCGCUAUGACAUUCUCUUGUUUCGCUGGUAUCUUGGGUAUUAUCACGAUUGCCAUCUAUGGUAUGAUGGAUAUGGAAGAUGCUACUGAAAAGGUCAUUCGUGACCUGCGUGUCAGCCCUGAAGUCUUGAUGGACGAUGAUGAUGAAGAACGCCAAAUAAAUGAAGACCGUCAUUCUACUGAAAAGCAUCAAUUCUUGACUAAAGUUAAAGGUUUCUUUUAA